CCGACGCUUCUAGUGCCCGGAUGUUAUGUAAAGGUAGACGUUUUGUAAGUUUAACAACAAAUACCCGACAAUGUUAGCAUCUGCUGUGCGAUCUUUGUCUUCUGCGGUGGUGCGUCAGGUGAGAUCCAUUCACAAAACUGCACCAGUGCUUAGUGACAAACUUUUUGUGCAUCGAGAUACCCCAGAAAACAACCCAGAUGUUCCAUUUGAGUUCACCCCAGAGAAUAUGAAGAUAGCCCAGAGUAUUAUCAAAGACUUCCCAGAAGGACACCAAGCAGCUGCCUGUAUCCCACUGUUAGAUCUGGCUCAGAGGCAACAUGGCUGGUGUCCAAUCUCCGUGAUGCACUAUGUGGCAGACAUGCUCAGCAUGCCCAGGAUGAGGGUUUAUGAAGUAGCCACCUUUUACACAAUGUUCAACAGGGAACCUGUUGGAAAGCAUUUCAUACAGAUCUGUACUACAACCCCCUGUAUGUUGGGUGGAGUAGGAAGUGAUGUCAUAUUAGAGGCUAUUAAGACUAAACUAAGGNUGAGUGGACAAAACCAUAGGUUUGCCUGUGAACCAAAAGGAGGCCUAACGUCAUUAAAAGGCACACCAACAGGCCCAGGGUUUGGGGUCCGAAGUGAUCUUUAACGAGGUUUUCAAUUUAAGUGACAAAGUGUAAGACAUGGGCCUACUUCAUGUGUUAUCUUAGGCUUUGACCUAGACACAAACUUUUUUUGCCACAAGUUGCAUAGCGAUAAGUUUGUAAAGCUUAGCUGCAAGAAUGGACAGCCCUCAUCUGAAGAGUUCGGCAAGUUUGAAAGUUGUAUGUGCACAGAGGCAAUAACUUAAUUUUCACAUUUUCUGCAAGGACAUUUGAUAAAUGAAUGCAGUGGCAAGUUUAGCAUCAUUUCAGUUUUGGAAGACUAAAACUUUGUAAGGUGAGGGGUGGUGGAAUGCUGUGCUUAGAGUGAAGAAAACAAAGAAAUGCAUGGCAUCUGAUCACAAAGAAUAAACCAUUUCCAGAAAAA